GAUUGCCUGCAACGCAAAGUCAAUCUGCUCCAGCCCCAAGCCAUACACAAACACGUGCACAUUCAGCUCCCGCAUGUGUCCUCUAGAAACAUGAACUACAGCCAUAUCUUCGCUUCACCUCCACACGGGUCACAGCAUGGUUCUUCAUCGUAUUUUCGUGUUUCUCCUCUCACCGCUCAUGGCUUUGCCAGAAUUGGUAGCUGGAUGUUCGCCUCCCCCAAGCCACGCCUACUACCUGGGCAACGAGACACACACAACUGCCAAUCGAACCUAUCAUCCCAUGGGCACUGUUUCACCAGAUGUCGCGUGGUCAGAAGUCGCCACUCAAUUACGAUACUGCCAAUAUUUUACCAUCGGUGACUACGUGGUGAUCAAAGAACAACCACGAUCAGUUUCAGGUUAUAGAUUUGGGCGACGACUGGUUAUAUCCCUGAAUAAGGGCAGAGUGAGAACCAAAACGAGCACUAUAGUAUAAUGGUCUUCCCUGUUGUGAAGUAAUGCAUCCGGUCGAAGGACGCCACCAUCAUGAACCAUCGGGCUUGGAUUGCGACGAUCGCGCAUGGAAAUUCGUGCACUCAACUGUAAGAUCUCUCGUCUGGCUCCAACCGCUAAGGCGUGAAAGGGCACGUGUUUGGUUUCGUCGCUCCUUCCCUACGCGUUAGAAAGC